AUGGCGGAUCAAUCUCGCUACAGUGAUGAUGGGGAGAUGGAAUCCUCUCUGAUCCAGCGCGCAGUGGAUUUGUCUCUGGCUCCAAUUCGAUUGCUUACCUCCCGCACCGCCAUCAAGGCCUAUCUCAGCACGCUUCUCUUUCUAACCACAUCAACCGUCCUCCUGACCAUCUCGUCCACCGCCUAUGGCUUCUUCUACUACAACUACAUCCCCCAGAUUAAUCUUGAACGCGUUCUAUACCUCCAGUAUGGCGAUCAUGGUCUCCAUCCUCAUGCCACCACAGACCUUGACACUUCAGCGUUGAUCCCACAACAAGCAUAUGACAUUGACCUAAUGUUGGACAUGCCACGCACACCAGUCAACCUUGAUGCUGGCAAUUUCAUGCUAGAUUUGUCUCUCCUGGGAACCGGUACGAAUGCAAAGAAUAUACCCGAUCCACUGUUUUCAUGGUUGACCAACAUCACCGCGGACAAUGUUCUACAUCAUUCUCGGCGACCUGCAAUCCUUCCCUACGCCUCCCCAGUCGUCUCCCUCAGCCACACUUUCCUGCAUCUGCCGUGGCAUCUGCUCAAUUUUCGAGAUCUGGACUCGUCUCAUCUCGUCGUUCCCAUGUUCGAAUUGCUGUCUUUUCCACGAGGGUCGAGAAAUGUUCCAUCCCAUGCCCGGCUUGAACUUCAGUCCACGAGUCUUCUUCAAGUCUACAGUGCUAAGCUCGUCUUCCGGGCCAAAUUCCAGGGGCUACGUUAUCUGAUUUAUAAUUAUCGUGUGACGGCUUUUGCCAUUUUCACUACUCUCUUCUAUACGAUAAGCAUUACGACCAUGGCCUUUGCUUGGGCGUUGAUUUCGUCGUUUUUAGCCGCGGGGAAGGAUGACGAAUGGCAGCCGAAGCAGAUCAACCAGGGAUCUGAGGUCAAGCAGAUAAAGACAGACCAAGAAUCGGAUACUGGUACAAAAAUCAAGACUGAGGAAGACGACACGGAGCCAGCAACGCCCAAGACUCUUGAUGAGACACCGCUAUCGGCGAUUAGCAGGGAUGCAGACAAUGAUGAUGCCAUCACGCAGCAAGUCGGCGCCGAUGAGGUUGCCGACGAUGAAGAUGACGAAGGCGACUCGCAAGAGAUUCGAGGAAGGUCGUUUCAUCCAGAUUCCGGCAUCGGUACGAGUAUGGAGAGCGAACAUACCACUUCAGGAUUGUUAAGGCGAAGAAGCUCACGAGGGCUGUCUGCCAAAUGA